AUGGGUCGUGGAAGAGUAUCUGUGGAAUUUAUUCAAAAGGAGAAAUCUAGAAAGAUAUCAUUGCAAACAAGAAAGAUUGGUUUAAUGACAAAAGUUGAGGAACUUUCCAUUCUUUGUGAUGUUGAUGCUUGUGUGAUUCUUUAUGCUCCCAACUUUGAAGGCCAAGGGUAUGAUGAACCUGAAACAUGGCCUAAAGACACAAAAGAGUUGCAAAGAAUUCUUCAAAGGUACUAUAACACAACAAUUGAUAGGCGUCUUAAGACCUAUAAUGUUCAAGAAUAUUUUAAAGAAAGGAUGAAAAAAGUUGAAUUUGAGAUUUCCAAAGUGCGCAAAGAGAAGUUUAAGAUGAAGUAUCAAACUUGGGAUGAAUCAUUCAAUUUUCUUGAAGAUGAACAAUUAAGGUUAUUUGCUAGCAUCUUGGAUUUUAAGCUUGAUGCAUGCAAUCUAAAGAUGAAUAUGCUAAAGGGAGAUCUUAGGGGAAAAUCAAUAGCUCUUGAAACAAACAAGAUUGAUAACCUUAAUAGUUCUCCUUACUUGGACUCAAAUCCAAGUAGCUACUUCAAUCUCCCGCAAAACAACAUGUCUCAAGCACACAUUUAUCCACCAUUGAUGAAUAUCAAUGAUAAAAACCCUUUAGGGUUUUGGCCACUUAUAUCAGGACAAAGCUCUCAACCCUCUCAUAUGGUUUCAACUGCACAAAGCUCUCAACCUUCUCCUAUGGUUUCUAGUGCACAAAGCUUCUACCAUGUGGAGUCUUACCCUUGCAAGCAGAUUGAUGGUAAUUGGACUCAUCAUGUUGAUGGUAAUGUUACAUAUCAUCAUCCCAAAAUUGAUAUGAAGAAGGAUGAAGCUGAAAAUGAUAAAAUUCUGCCACCAUAUUAUUACAAUAGAAAUGGAAUGAUAAUGCAAUCAUAUCCUAUUGCUAUGUCUACUCUUCCUUCUCAAAAUCUUUCAAACCUAUCCCAUGAACAUCUAAAUAAUGGAUCCUAUGAUAAAGAUGUUCUUCACACUCAAAUGUUCAACUACAUGGAUGGAAGGAAGUAG